UGUGUUAUCUGUACGUGACGGUCCGUCGGCAUUGUGAGUUGCUUCGUAAAGUUCUGAGCUUGUGGACUUGUUUAUUUGACUGUGUCUGCUAGGUCAGGAGUUUCUCCAAGUUUUUACUUUGUUUCAUCUCUUCUCUGGUGGAUUCAAAUAAAAGAAAAUCCUGUUUUUCUUUAAUUAGGCAAGAAAACAGGUGGUCGUGCAAAUUUUUUGGCAGUCUGUUUGGCGAUCACGUGAAAAUUCAGGAUCCUCGGCUAUCGGAAAGAUCUAAAUUACCACCAAGUGAACGCGCCAUUUGAUGAUUUCACGAGCUCUUUCGAGCCAGUGCUGCUGCUGCUGGUUGGCAUUUAGUAGCCAUGGAAACCGUGAAGAGUUCCAAGUGCCAGUUUGAACAACAACCCAAUAAUAGUGUGGAGGCUGCAGCCAACAACAUUGACAAAGUGCAUCGAGAAGAAUUGGAUUUUGUGAUUGAGAAAUUGGAGUCUCAACGUUUCGACGAAGAUUUGAGCGAAGACCAAGGGAUCGGCCUCAGCGGAUCGACAUCGCCGACCGACGAAUCGUCGUCGAGCGAAGAUUUAAACUCGGGAGACGACGACUUGUUUGAGCCGUUGGAUAUCAUAUCCCACGAUCUGUUGGAUUUCAUCGAAGAGUUGGUCGACCAGUUGAUCAUGGCGUUGGAUUUGCGCAAGAAAAUCGACAACAAGGACAACAACAAGCUGGAGGAUGGCAACAAGAGCGAAUACUCUGACGACGACAACACAGCGCUGGACUUGACCCAGGCCACCCGUAAAUCGGUUCUCGGCCCUCCGCCGCCGUUGACUCCGCUUUUCCCUCCCGGGCCGUCCGACGCCCUCAAAAGUCUCAGCGCCCAGGAGAGAGAAAUGCUCCGGCAAUCUUAUUACCGGCUGGUCCGUUUUCUCCGAUUGGACUCGCCCAAUCUGCGACAGUUUACCGAAGAAUAUCGCACCAUGGCGCUCAAGCGACUGCAAUCCUUCCUCUUCAUGUAUUUGAUUGAGGUCAAGAGGAAGAGCCCGGCCGGACUCAACAUGUUCCAGGAUUCUUUUGGAAGCGACUCGGCCAUUCGCAAUUUCUUCCGCGUUUUUCUAGGCAAAUCGGAGCAAUUGACACGAACUUCGUCGUCACCUGGUGCAUCUUCCGUCUUGCGUCCGGCUAGAUUCGCCACCAUGCCGGAUGAUGGGCCGCCACAGAUUUUAUGCCGCGGACCACUCGGUCACGAGCGGCAGACGAGAAACGCCGGUUUGAGUAACGCCCCGUACCCGUUGCGCCGAGCCGAUUCCGGUCAUCAUCCGUACGCCAGUGGAUCGACAUCUUCCCACGGACAUCGCGGAAUGCACUUUUCCCACCAAUCGACCCAUCCGUACAGUCUCCACCAGCAGAAUUAUUCACAUCCUCCGGUCCAGAUGUCGUAUUCCAAUCCGUCAGCUUAUCAGCCACUUCCGCCGCAACAGGCCAAUGCACAACAACAAUCUUAUCGAGGGCAUGCUGAUAAUAAUUUCGCUCGCGACCCUUUACCAUCUUUAUUCGAGGAUCAGCGUGUGGAUGUCCAGGACGUGAUCCAUCUGGUGUGUCAAUUGUUCCCCAUCAGUGACGCCGUGAAAGGAUUGGGACCGAUGGAUUUCGAAGAAUUGUACGGCCAACCCUUUUCCCAGCCGGCCAGUCCGUUGAGCGACAAGCUAUCGACAGGGCCGCCGUCAUUGGGAUGUCAGACACCGCAAUACGCCAGUUCGGUGGGCUCGCCGGCCAGUCCCUGGCAGACGAGAAGUUUCGUCGAAGGAUCAUUGGGCGCCUCACCGCACUAUUCGUCGUCGUCGCCGAAUUCGCCAUUUGUCAUGUCGCCUCCGCUCUCUUCCGCCAACAGCAGCCCGGGACCCAGCAGUCCGCUGCCUCGAUCCGUCGAGAAGCAAAUGGUACGGAUGACGUUGGUGCCGUCCCAACCACCUCCGCUCAUUCCGCUGGAUAAAUCCAACCCUUCCACAUCGUCUUGGCAACCAAAAGUUAUUGCCCCCAAGCAACAACCUUCCAGCUCUGUAGUCAUCGCUCUUAAACAGCAGCAACAACAACAACCUGUCAGUCCUGCCGUCGUCGCUUCCAAACAAAAACAACAACCACAGCAACAACAGCCAGCAAGCCCUGCAGCAAUCGCCGUUACCAAGCAACCAUCUGCAGCCCUAUCGCCACCCCCAGCACCACCGCAGGCGGCACCGGAAAAAAGGUUUCCAUCUGCGCACGAGGAGAUGGCUACCAGUUUGAAUCCACAAAUUAAGGAACAAUCCAUGCGCCAAGUUGUCAAGUCGACAAUGGAAGCCCUGUCGGUAGCGGAUCAAGAUGGCGACACUCCGUUAAUGGUGGCCUGUGCUAAUCCGGCUUACAAAAUCGAAGAUCUCUACGCCCUGCUGGAACGUCUCAAAAGUCAUCCGCAGCCGGCGAAAGUGUUUUGUGCAAUGAAUAACAGACGAGAGACGGCCCUGUAUUUGGCGGCCAGCGAGCGCCGUCCUUUGGUGGCCGGUUACCUGGCCGAAACGAUGAGUGCCCUGCGCAUCCCUUUAAAUCAAACUUACGAGAAGGGCAAUACGGUCAUUCAUUACCUGGCCAUGUGGGGCGAUGAAUUUUAUGAAGUUCUCCGCUAUUUGGUGCGUGUCCGGACUCCCGACAACAAAUUAGCGUUCGAUCUCAAUGCCCGGAACCAUACAGGACGUUCUGCCCUCCACGAGACGGUCAUGUUGUACCAUCCCAACGAUCCAAUCGGCGAAGGGUUCACCAAAAACAUUCAGUUGCUACUUGAACAUGGGGCGGAUGCUGGCCUAUCGGACAUUACGAGCGGAAAAACUCCAGUGCACAUUGCCGUUGAGAAACGCGACCCUUUCCUGCUGGAGUUGCUCCUAUCGAAAUGUCCGGGUUCAGCCAAUGCUCCCAUGUACAACGACAACCGACCAUUGCACAGCGCCGCUACUUUAUCCGAGGUCACGGACAUGCAGCAAUUGGAGCUGGUCAAUAUCUUGCUCAAGUAUGGCGCUGACAAGGCGUUACGCAACAAAGCCAACAAGCUGCCCAUUGAACUGGUUCAGCAGGAUCGCGAUCGUGUCAAAGCUGUUCUUCAGGCCCGUGCUCGUCAAAACUAUUCGUGAGAACCCCCAACCGACGUGUCCAUCAUCCAUCGCUUUUGGCUGCAAAGUAAGUUCAAUUCAGAGAUGCAGGGAAAUUGUGACGACAGAUGCCAUCAUGCAAAAGUGUCCACGAAAUUUCUUUAUUAUUCAUUGUGCGUGUGCUUUCCUGUUGCUUCAAUUUUUCCUUAUCAUAUAUAGUGUAAUGUUGUUGUUUUCCAUUUCCCUCCCUGAAACCAAAUAUCUAGAGAUUGCAUUUACUUUGAAUCAUUUGGCACAUUUUUUUGUUUCCUUUUCUAUACCUAUAUAGUAUAUUAUGUCUUUCCCGUUUAAACUACCCUAUUUUAUGCAGUAAAAGCAAAGAGCCAUGGGUGCGACCAUAGCGUCGUCCUUUAGAAACAAGUCUGUUAGUCCACAUUUCGGAAAUAAUACAGAUGUAUGGCCCAAUAA